GGAGCCGUGACGUUCUUGCCCGGGCUGCAGGGGGAGGCCGCGGCGGGGAAGAUGGCGGACGGGAAGGCGGGAGAGGAGAAGCCCGAGAAGCCGCAGCGAGCCGGAGCCGUCGGAGUUAAUUCAUGGGAGCCUCUUGUACGGCCACACAAUCUCAGUUCCUGCUGUACACUCUAACAAGCAGUGAAGAGACUGUUGGGUCAGUAGGUGACAGCUGCAGAGGUAUCUUCCUUGUAAAGAUGCUUUUUGAGGUUGCUGCUCCCAUCAAUCUGCUCAGUAAAAAUAGCUCAUCUUGUAAUGGAGGGGAAAGUUCCAGUCGCAGCGCUGAAAAGCGAUCAGCUGAAGAUGAAGCUGCAGACCUCCCAACAAAGCCUACAAAGAUGCCCAAGUUUGGAUUUGCCAUAGGUAGUCAGACGGCAAGGAAAGCACCCGCCAUCUCCAUUAGACUCGGAGCAAGUAAGCCUAAGGAAACAGUUCCAACUCUUGCUCCAAAGACUCUUUCAGUAGCAGCAGCUUUCAAUGAAGAUGAAGAUAGUGAGCCAGAAGAAAUGCCUCCAGAAGCCAAGAUGAGGAUGAAGAAUAUUGGAAGGGACACACCAACAUCAGCCGGACCAAACUCCUUUAAUAAAGGAAAGCAUGGCUUUUCUGAUAACCAGAAGCUGUGGGAGCGAAAUAUAAAAUCUCAUCUUGGGAACGUCCACGACCAAGACAAUUAAGUGAAGUGUUCUAAGAUUGGGGUGUGGGUGGGUGCAGUUAGAAGGAGCAGUCUCCUUUUUGUAAAGAAUGGUGUAAGACUAGCUUUGGAGCCGUUUUUCUUUCUUCUUUUUUUUCUUUUCCUUUUUUCUUUUUUUCUAAGAUUGAGUGGUACACUAAUAAAUGAGAGUUUGCAAUUAGAGGUAAUUUAUGUUUUAUAUACAGAUUUCAAGACAUUUGCUAAUUUUGUAGUUUCACAUGAUUAGUUUCCAAGGGUUACAGAUGAUAAAGAAAUCAGAAGUGGUACCUUUCUAAGAAUUGCAUAUUUUUUUAGACACAACUAUUAGCACAUUAAGAGGGAAGCCAAAAGUUAUUGUCUACUUCAAACUGAGAGCAGUUCCUCUCCCGACUUCUCCCUCAUUACCUGACUGCCUGGCUCCCUGGAACAGCCUUCCCGAGAGGGAGAUUGGAUUGAGAAGACAAUAUUACUGGACUAUUGACUGAGUAAAUUUAGAUAAGGUUAAAAUAAACCUUUUCCUAUGGGCAUUUCAUUUUGUUUUGGGCCAUUAUAUGCUAGUACUGCUUUGCUAUCAGUGGGUACUGACGCUUUGCUCUGUAAAAAAUUUUUUUUGUUAAAAAUUCUUAUAUUAAGUAUUGAGUAUAACUAGCCCACUUUAAUGGAGCUUGUCUCCAUUCAGGAUCUUCAGAGGACACUAUUUGCUACCAAAGUAAAUCAGUAUUUUGAAUGUGCUUCUCUUGGUUUCUAUUCUAGUUCCUAUAAGCAUUUCCACCAGAACUUGAGGCAGAACAUAAGGAAGCUGGUUCUUUUAAAGUACAAACACCACCAAAAAUAUCAGUGUGCAUACUGCUUUAUGUAUUGGGCUGGCUUUUACUUUUUAAAAGGUUUAAAUAACAAAAAAAAGGGAAAAAGGUAUAACAUUGUAUGAAGACAGAUGAGGCAACAUACCUUCUGUGACAUUUGAAGCACUUAGUUACUAACUUACUAGAUUCAGUGUGGAUUGAAUUCACAAUAUUUCUUAUUUGUACAAUGCCAUGGCUUAUUUUGAGUAUAGACACACUGACCAGUGGUUUCACAAGCACAUUCAGUGACUGCGAUAGGACAGAAAUGCUGCUUUAGACGUUUUCACUGCGAGCCUCUCAUCGCAUAUGCUCUUAGAGUUCUGUAUGUAGGAUGUUUGUUUUGUAUUUUUGUAUUGUAUAUGGGCUUUUUAAAUGUGACAGAUAAAUGCAUCUUAAGUAGUCACAGACAAAGGAAAUGAUAAAAUGUCCUUGGAAAUUACAAUGUUAAAUUUGGAGGCGGCGUCGGUGUUUCAUGGGUAGUGACUGUUCACUGGGCGACUUUUAAUGUAAUGACUUCCAAGAAGCAGCCUGCGGAUAUUCCUAACGCUUUGUUCACUACAUGUUACUUAAUAAGCCCCAAGUAAAACAAUGGAAAUGUACAUAGCACUAUUAGUUCAUACAUGAUUUAAGUAUAUCAAGAUACAUAAAUUUAACUUUUAUGUCCAUAAACUGUCCAUUUGUCCAUUUUACUGUUUGUUGAAAUAACACCUCUCCUACAUAUUCUUUACUUGACUCAAAUAAAUUAACCUGAGGUCAAGAUGGAGAGAGACGACUGAGCUGAAUGUCUUUACUAAAAUUACAAUAAAUUUUGUCAAACUUGG